AUGCAUUAUCAAAAGGCUAGAAAGAUUGCCCUUAACUUAAUCAAAGAUUGUGUUUGGAACAGUAUUGCAGUUUAUAAUCAUCCAGUAGAAGCCAUCAUCGCACUUCAACCACCAUUAACCAGACUUAAUACUGGGUUAUUUUCAAAAUAUGAAGGUAUUGUUGAUAGGGAAAACAUAAACAAAGCAUACUUCAUUUUAGAUAAAGGAAAAGAAAUGAGAGAAGAUGAUCAACUAUCUUCAUUAUUUGGAAAUCUUAAUCUUGAAUAUAUAAUAAUCCCUUUUCAGCAUAUACCUGCAGGCAAAGACAUCAUCGCACCCGGUAAAGAUAAAUUUUCGGUAGAUUACAUUACCAAACGGAUAAUAGAACAAACUUUCAAGCAAGAUAGCAAGUCUCUUGACUUCAAACAACUCUUUUAUCCGGCAAAUAGAAAAGUUUUGGAACUUCCAGAAUCGGUUCCUCUCUGCGAACUCCUUAAAUAUGAGAUAGGUUAUAAAAAAGAUGUUAAAGCUACUUUUAUGAAUCAUAUAUCCUUGGAAGUAGCAAAGGCUAUUGAAAAUCGCCUAGUUGAAUUGGAAUAUCAAAAAAGUUCUGAACUUAUUCAGAGAGCAUUUAUUUACUUAAUUGAUAAAAAAGCUCAGAAACGUUUUAUCGUUUCUACAAAUAUUACAUCGGAUGGUAAAAUAAUCCCUCGUAAAUUUAAAUUUGAAAACAAUAAACUUCUUUUCUACGCUUUUGCUGGUCCAAAAUCUACCUUGGAUUUUCGGCUCAAAGUUCUUUCUCAAGAACCUUCAAUAACAAAUUUACCUAUCGAACUUUAUAAUUCUAUAAUCAAUGCUAAUUACAAUGUCGACACAAAAAUGAUCACUUUAGAUGAUACCUCUAAUUAUCUCUUUACAAUUAGGCGUGUCAAGAUUAAGCGCACGUUUAUUAAAUGCAAAGAUGAAUUUUCAAAUAGUAAAAUUAAAGUAUCAAUUUCCGAGGUUUACGAAGAUGAAAAAAAUGAUUUACAAGUAACUAUAACUAGCGAAGCAUUACAUGAGGUUAUUAAAAAAAUGAGUCAAACAGACAAUAUAGAAGAAAAAUUAAAUAUCAUGGAAACAAUUCAAGUUCCAUUUCGUUCUAUUCGUCAUAUUAUAGGCAAAAAGUACUCUAAAAUCAAUGAGAUUGAAAGACGUUCAAAGGCUAAAUGCACUAUCAAGGAAAAUGACGUUAUUGAAGUGAGAGGCGCUAAUGAAGCUAGAAAGAUUGCCAUUAACUUGAUCAAAGAUUGUGUCUGGAAUAGUAUUGCAGUUUAUAAUCAUCCACUAGAACCCAUUAUCGCACUUCAACCACCAUUGGCCAGACUCAAAACUGUAUUAUUUUCAAAAUAUGAAGAUAUCAUCGCACCUGGUAAAGAUAAAUUUUCGGUGGAUUACAUUACCAAGCGGAUAAUAGAACAAACUAUCAAGCAAGGUAGCAAGUCUCUUGACUUCAAAGUCAGAGUAAAUAUCGGCAAGCAACUCUUUUAUCCGGCAAAUAGAGAAGUUUUGGAACUUCCAGAAUCGAUUCCUCUCCACGAACUCCUUAAAUAUGAGAUCGGUUACAAAAAAGAUGUUAAAACUACUUUUAUGAAUCAUAUAUCCUUGGAAGUAGCAAAGAUUAUUGAAAAUCGCCUAGUUGAAUUGGAAUAUCAAAAAAGUUCCGAAAUUAUUCAGAGAGCAUCCAUUCAUUUAAUUGAUAACCAAGCUGAAAAACGUUUUAUUGUUUCUACAAAUAUUACAUCAGAUGGUAAAUUAAUACCUCGAGAAUUUAAAGCUGAAAACGAUAGACUUCUUUUCUACUCCUUUGUUGGUCCAAAAUCUACCUUGGAUUUUCGGUUCAAAGUUCUUUCUCAACAACCACCCAUAACUAAUAUACCUUCUGGACUUUUUAAUACUAUAAAAAAUGCUACUUACAAUCUUGGCACAAAAAUUCUCACUUUAGAAGAUACCUCUAAUUACCUCUUCACAAUUGCACGUAUCAAGAUUAAACGUAUUUUUACUAAAUGCAAAGAUGAAUUUUCGAAUGGUAAAAUUAAAGUAUCGAUUUCUGAAGUAUAUGAAGAUGGAAUAAAAGAUGUACAAGUAACUAUAACUAGCGAAGCAUUACAAAAGGUUAUUGAAAAGAUGAAACAUUCUAAUAUGGUAGAUGAAAAAUUGAAGGCGGCCACCCAAAACCCGGGUCAUGUGAUUGUCUAA